UCGCAUACCAUAGUAUCUAACAACGAUCGCACGUUUCUACCCACCACAAUCCAACGAGUUUUCGCGUUGCAGUCUACCGUAGAUGAAUAUUAGGUCCACUGCAACCGAAGGCACAGCUACCAAUACAUCAGGAGGUAUUUUGAAAUAUGUUGCAGGCAUUGAUUCCGCACGCCUGUCGCCACAUCCACGAGCUGCACGUGGUGCACGUGCUACGUCACGACCCCCAGCUGUGACCAAAUAUGAACGACAGGUCGAGAGGCACCGAUAACACACGGAAACAUGGCUUCCUUGACGAGAUAUGUUCUGUUAGCUUAUGUCAUUACUGCGACAUUUGUUCAAACCCACAGCGGGGAACCACAGUCUCUGUCACUGGUCCUCGGCAAAAAGUCCGGCGAUGCAGAGGAGUUUAUCCAGAUAGUGCACCCGCCAGAGAGUAUCGACAACAGCAGACUCCUUACAGUGGAGUACACGUGCAAUUCAGACAGCACUGUGGCAGUGGAACUGUCGAUUAUGAAGGAUAAAUACCAACCAACGCUUAUAUACAGGAAAUAUUGGAAAUGUGAUGCAAGCCAUUUUAAUAGACGAAGGAAAGUGAAACUGAGGCUUGAUGACGACUUGGGAUUUAGACCUGGAUAUUUCAACAGACAGUUUUACUUUGGUUUAAAACCUCAACUGAGGGCGUUCAUACUUCGGGAUGUUGUAAAAAGUGUUGUUAAGUUCAAGACGAUGCAUUACGCGCACGCUGAAGCCAAGGUGUUGUAUAAUGUGUUUGUUACCUUGCCUUAUUCUCGGCCCCGGAAGUUGCCCUACAAAGCCUGUGUACCCUGGUACUGGGAGACCUUACAACGAAUACCUGCCUUGAAUAACUUCGUGUGUCCUUUUGAACAUGAGGUAGUCCCGUUAGUGAGCUACCCAGCCGUGUUUAGCGGUCUUCAUUACGGAAUAUAUAGGCGCUUCCCCAAGUACCAAGAUCCAGGCCUUGAGAAGACCAGGAGGAAAACAAUUGCAAACCCAGCCUUCACCCUGUCCAUGUGGAUGUAUAUACUGGACUACUGCCCGGAGAAGAAAGGUCAUCCCAACUUGGCGUGCGGCGUCUUCAUCCACGUGUCCUGGAACAACCUGUACAUGACUCCUAUACUCCUGGUUGACCAUGAAGGUCACCCACGUGUUGAGGUCAUUCUGAAGCGGAGGCGAGAGCAUCAUUCCAUCAAGGUCAACUGGACCUUCCCCAAACAUCAGUGGAUCAGAGUCACCUUCGCCGUCAGUCAGAGCUCGUGGAAUCUGGCUGUUAAUUACGGGGACAACUACAACCAAACUCUGGCGUCAGAAUUCACGUACAACACUGAGAUGUUGAUGGAUGACACUGAGGGAGACUUUAUCGUCGGUGGCAACGACGCCCUCGUACCCAGCUUCGUCGGCUACGUUGGAAAAGCGACGUUCUACAGGCGGCGGGUACUUGAGCCCAGUAAGAUCCCCAUGCCCAGUCCAUAUCACCCAAUGUUCGCACUGGGUCUCACGCGGAGAGAGGUCAAAUGUCAAACCUUCAUGGCGUGGAUCAGCCAACAGGAGAGGUUCUACCAACACCUGCUCGCAGAGAGGAUUCUACAAAACAAGUGUACAGAUAAGAUUUAUGAGCUUUUCAUCAAAAAUGAAAACAGGCAAUGUCCGACAAUGUCAGCGUCCAAACCUAGGAAGUCCCACAUCCUCAACACAUUCAUCCGACGCUCUGUCAAUCAGGGGAGACAACUCGGGGAGCAGGGCUUCCAUGGUGUCGCUGACGCCAUAUUCAACAAAGCCACGACCAUCAUAGAGGUGGACAUCAAGCACAUACCGGCCGCCCUCCCACUGCUGAGGCAGGCUGCUUGUCUCGGCAACUACGACGCCAUGUACAUGCUGUCCAUCAUCCUCAACAACGGCCUCAUGACCAAAGCCGACGAGAUUCAGGCGCAGGCCUACCUGAUGCUGGGGGCUGUGGACAAACACCGGUUAUCUACCUUGGCGCUCGGACACAAACAUAGGAACGGCAUAGAUGGCGCCACGUAUGACAAGGAGCAAGCUUACAUGUACUACAAGUUCGUGGCCGGGAAGACGCGGGAUGACAGAGACCUGCACAAAGAAUCGGAUGUGCUGACUGAGAGUGUGAGGUUGACGGACGAAAUGGCCCUGAAGGAGCAGACAGACGAGGACGGGGAUAUAUUCAUGUGGCUCAAACACCAGGCCCAGGCAGGGGUCGCGUCAGCUCAGAUUCGGUUCGGGCGGGCAUUGUUUUGGGGCUCCCAGGGCCUCCGGCGGAACCUGAACGCGGCCAUGGAGGUGUUCCGGAUGGGGGCAGAGCAGGGCAACCCCGACAUGAUGUUCGACUACGGCAUCAACAUCUACAACAAUAAAACUCAAGAAAAAAAUAAAACAAAGGCCAUUGAAUACAUGCAGAAAGCCGCCGGAAAGGGUAACGCAAUGGCCAUCAAUGCCCUGGGCUGGAUCGCCAUGAAGAAGAAGAACUACACCGAGGCUGUCCGCUACUUCAACAGGGCGGUCCAAUACGGCAACGCCGACGCCGCCUACUACCUCGGCCACAUGUACCUCGAGGGAUACCACCCCACAGACAAGCAGGACUGGGACAAGGCCUACAAAUACUUUGAAUAUGCGGCCAUGAGGGGGCACUACGAUGCGGGGGUGCUGUUUGCCUACAUCAGCAUGAAGGGUACCGCUAGGAUGUCACGCAAUCUCUACCUAGCUGCCGAAUGGGCACGGUACGUCGCCGAGAAGAACCCUGCCGUUGGAAUUAUGUUACGGAAAGGUCUACAUGCGUACAGAAGUGGCAAUAUACCCUUGGCGUUCUUCUACUACCUACUCGCGGCCGACUCGGGGAUUGAGGUCGGGGACUUCAACGUCGCCUGGCUGUGUGAGGAGAACAAGGAAGGCCUUGUGAACCACAUGGAGAAGGAGUGUAUGUGGAGACACUACAACCUGUCCCUGCAGAGGGAACCCCAGCUCGUCGACUCCUACGCUAUGAUCAAGAUGGGGGAUUACUACUGGUACGGAUGCAGGGCGGAGAGAGAUAUCCCGAAGGCUUCAGCCUUCUAUGCAAACUCAGCGUUAAAGGGAGACCCACAUGCCCUGUUCAACCUGGCGUUCAUGGUGGAGGAGGGGGCACACAUCCCCAACACGACGUGGGACAUCCUCCGCGUCCCCCUGGCACAUCGGGACAGCAACAUCACCCUUCUCGUCUACCUGUAUACAAGGUGCAAGGAAUCCCGGAAGACUGAGGCUUACCUCCCCUGCAGCCUCGCUCUGGCGAAAAUACAGAUGAUAGACGUGUGGACACGAUACCAUAUUUGGAUGAAGCUGUCAAGUAUCGUUGGCGUGACGAUGGUCGUCGUGGUGACGUUGAUGACGUUGUACCACCAGAUGCACACAAGGCCGCGGGCGGAUCUGGUCAUUUGAGCUCCUUAAUUAUCAAACUGUGACCUGUUUCAAAAAGUUGCCCGACUUGUUAUUUUUAACGAAUCAUGUGUAUUAGUUAAUUUGUUGUUGUUUUUAUAAAAAAAUGUUAAACUUAACAUAUUGCGAAAAGUUUUUGUUGUUAUUAGCGACUGUUAUAUGACAGAAUACAUUCAUAGUUGACGUUUACAGUUAUCAGUUUAACGCAACUUCAAAUGCCCUUAUCAAAAUAGGUAUAGUGAGUGAGUGAGUUGGGUUUAACGCCGCUUUUAACAGUAUUCCAGUUAUAUCGCAGCGUGCCAGCUUAAUGUGGGAGGAAAGCCCGAAGUGAUGCAGGUCUCAGACGUU